CAUUAAGUUACAGUUACAUGUGUUUAUAUUUUUUCUGCAGAUGGUAGAUGAGCUCUUUGAAGUGAAUCAGCUGUACUCUACUAACUGGCAGGUUGUCAACUGCAGUACCCCUGCUAACUUCUUCCACAUAUUACGGCGUCAGAUUACACUGAACUUCCGCAAGCCUCUGAUCCUGUUGACACCAAAAAGUCUUCUACGAUUGGAAGCUGCCAGGUCUCACCUUGAUGAAAUGACAGAAGGUACAUCAUUUAGGCGAGUGAUUCCCGACUCUGGUCCUGCCUCAAACAACCCUGAAAAAGUUCGCAAACUUCUUCUUUGUACUGGCAAAGUCUACUAUGAAUUGGCAAAGGAACGUAACAAGAGAGGUCUCGAGGAAGACAUUGCUAUCUCUCGUGUUGAGCAGAUAAGCCCAUUCCCUCUAGACUUAAUAAGGGCUGAGCACCAAAAGUAUGACAAUGCAGAGAUUGUGUGGGCGCAAGAAGAGCCCCAGAACAUGGGGUACUGGACUUAUGUUCAGCCACGCCUUGUAACCUCUGUUGGAAACAAAGUUAAGAUCAGCUAUGCUGGUCGCCCGCCAUCUGCAUCAACUGCAACUGGCAACAAGCAUCACCACAAUUCCGAACAAGAAGACCUCAUAAACCAAGCUUUGGAUUAAAUGUUCAUGACACCAUAUUGAAAUAUUGAAAGUAAAACUGACAGCUACAAUUGAUAUAAAAUAGAGACACACAAUGGUCAACCUUAGUUUUACUUGGCCAGUCGUUUUUUCCUUUUAUAUUUAACUUCAGCAUAUGAUACUAUAAUUUGAUCAAUUGUUUUUCUACAAACUGAGAAAUACUACAUAACAAUAGGGAAUUUUAUUGGAGGAGUGAAAGAAUAGUAAAUGUAUAGACUAAAAGCAAGACUAUGGUCCUUGAACUACACUAGCCUGUGAAGUGUAAUCCCACUAUUUUACUUCAAAGAAAUCAAAUAAUUUCAAAGUUAUUAGCCUGUAUAACACCUUCACAUGGCUGACCAGUGAAUCAAAAUCAAUAUUAUUCUGCAGAUUAGGGAAAUAGCAUUUUUUAUUUUCAUGAAAUGAUAUCUGUAAAAUGCACUAAAUAAAUAAAAGAAUUCUUUGAUA